AUGGUUUACUGGCGGACCCAGAGUAGCGCCAACAUAUCUCAGUUACGUAUAGUCACAGUCACCAAGUUCACCGCCUGCUCAGCAAGUAAUAUCGGUGUGUUGACCAAAACUGUUACGAUACCAACACGUAACGAGACGGCGAUCAUUCAUAAUUCCCAGCCUGUCCUCAGCCUAUCUCUUCCUUAUGCCAUCACGUACACUCUCUCUCCUGAUGCAAUCUUUCCGACUCCUUUCACUCGGACCAUCACCAUCACCCCAACCCCUCCUGCGACAGAUGGCGCAGCCGCGGAAGAGCCAGAUGCUCCUGUUACCACCCAAGCAACGACGGCUACUCCUCAGGAGAUGGACAACGGCAACCAUGAAGUAUCCUCAUGGUCUGAAAAUGCAGAGCCAAAUCCCGUCACGGUUACAGCCACCAACCCGGGAAUUUUGCAGGGUUCUGCAGCCCUCGCCCCCUUCUCAUCUCUGGGCAAUGUGCAAAUUGACACCGCGAUUGUCACUACUUCAGAGACAUCUGGAGCUCUUGUCGUUGUGUCUCAGUCUUGCGGUUCGAUUGUGGCCAACUCUCUACCCAUCACGAUCACACGAACUUCGGUCACGCCAGCUGCAACUGAUUCGUCUGCAACGGUAUCAGAGACCAGCGACUUCAAUCCCUUUACGGUUAGAUUCUCUGAGAACAGCGUAUAUGGCUCGACUCCGUCGUUUUUCACGAGCGCCGACUCGUCAGUGGCAAUUACCAUCCCGCAGACUGUAACCUCCACGCCAACUCCAUUAUACCCAGUUCCCUCAAGGCCUACCUUCUCAGAGAGCCCCAUUGUCUCCGUUACUUCUGUCACCUACACGGUGCCCCCCGUCUCAGGAGUCAAAACCUCUUCCUCCACGGUCACAUUCUUCAACCGCCAACAACCAACAUUCGUCCGAGGAUUCCGCUCCAGCACUAUUGAUAAGGUCACAGCAUCCGUCAGCAGCAUAGGGCCCGCUUUUGCAACAUCAGAGGACUCGGGAUAUGAUGGUGUGAUGAGCAGUCCAACCUUGGGCAGCAGCGCACACACUCCACGAUUAACGACACCACGGCCGACCUCGCCAGUUGUGGUAACAGCGUCAGAGAACAUUGGCGAAACAACCUUUGCGGCGAGUCCGCCGCUCAGCGCAACUGCCACAACGGGCAUCCCAACAUACCGCUCACUUUCAGCAGCAGUGAAAGCGGCGUGCCAGCCAACUCGGGCGGGUACCAGUAUAACACGACUGGUGGGAUGCUGGCUACCUCAUUUCCUAUCCAACCCACGGCUGUACCCCUUACUGCCGGAGCGUCGUCGUCAAAAUCACCAAUCACCUUCAGGUGGCGUGUCCAUAGUGACCAUCAGCCAAAAGAUUUCCUUCGGAUAUGGUUCUUCGACAAUCGUUGGGCUCACUACGAAGCUGACGGUUGGAGCCAGCCCUACAAUCUCAACCUAUUUUCCGCUUCCGUCAGCGUCCUUCCCGCCGUUCUUCACAACCACCAGAGCACAUCACGACUUGCCAUGUCCCACCUCUGUUUUGUCAUUGAACACCCGCUCGACUGUGCCCACCCAUGCUAUUACCUACAACUCAGUUUCCCGGCCAUCCACUACCUUUGGCUAUGUCUUUUCCCAGAUGGACAGCGGCCAUGGAUAUCCAGCACCUGGCUACGGCAACCCAGAGCAAAUCAGGACUGUUCCUUUGUCAACAGAGUCAUUCUCCCCCAAUUCCACGGAUUUGCCGGUCUCCCAAUCUGUUCCGCGCUCUUCUGCGCUGGUCGGCCACGGACACAACAUCUCUCACUAG